GUAUAUUAUAUUUAUAUGGACAUAUGCACACACUUCAAUUUUUUAUAUUCUACAACUUUGUGAUGAAUUGAGUUUCUUCUACUUUGUGAGAAACUUUUAGUUUCAACUUCAGAGAAGGUGAGAAUGGUCUAAGAAGAAGCCUUGCAUGGCGAGCCAAAGAAUAGGAGAAACGGGUUUGUCUGAGUCAGGACCUUCAAGUCACCAUGUCCCUUAUGGAGUUCUUCAUGGGAUUAAUACUUCAUCAUCAGCCCUAAUCAAUCAAGGGUCUGCUUUUGAUUUUGGAGAGCUGGAAGAGGCUAUUGUUCUGCAAGGAAUUAAGAUAAGAAAUGAUGAAGCCAAAGCAUCAGCUUUAUUCACAGGCAGGCCUUCAGCCACACUGGAAAUGUUCCCUUCAUGGCCAAUGAGAUUCCAGCAAACCUCAAGAGGAGGUUCAAAGUCAGGAGAGGAAAGCAGUGCAAUACACCAAAACAAUGGCAGAUAAAGAUGCUUUUUGCUACCCUUAUCAUGUUCAUGAUUGCACAUCACCACAAGAGAAUUUGCCCAAUAAAGGGCCUUUUCAUUCAGAAAUGCUUCCCAAAAAUUCUGUGAGCAAAUCACAUUCUUUUAUUUUA